GCCGGACGGAUCGUGCGGUGUGCAGUGAUGUCCGCGUCCGCGCCCCACGCCCACGGGCGCACCCCCGUGCGGCGCAGGGGGCACCAACACCACCCGCGGUUGAGGGGCGACCGCGUACCCGCCCCCGGGGCCUCCACAAACACGACUCCGUCCAAACAAGUGACCUUAGACACUCAAAUAGACGAUGUUGUGCCUUGUGUCAAUAGUGUUAGUGAAUCUCAAGAACUGACAAGGACGAAUAGUGACGACGCACUUUCGAAUCGAAAUACAAUCGAGGACUCGAAUAUUGAUGAUGAGAUUGAGUUUGAUGUUAGAAUUAUUGGUGCAGAAUCGAAUGGAAGCUCGGAUGAUGAAUUUUCGUUUAAGGAAGAAAGGUCCGCGGGUGACGGAGCCGAAAUGACUGUAAUUGCGUCCGAUAUUUCGGAUGAUGAUCCAGAAACCGCGGAACUUGCAAAACUUAGAUGUACAAGUGAAUGUACAGAAGUCUUGGCGGCUAGAGAAAACCGUCGCAGAAGGAGAUGCGCCGAUUAUCCUGGUCUCGCUUUCGGGAGUUCCAUAUUUUCUUCAGAUACAAUGAUGAAAUUCUCGAUAAUUAAAAAUGAGUUGCAGAAUAUAAAGAAUACGGCAUUGAAAAGGGCCGAAUCCGAAGUGGCUGCACUCAACCGUCGUAUCCAACUCUUGGAAGAAGACCUUGAAAGGUCAGAAGAGCGUCUCGCGACAGCCACAGCUAAAUUGGCUGAGGCCAGCCAGGCUGCAGAUGAGUCCGAACGAAUACGCAAGGCGUUGGAGAACAGAACCAACAUGGAGGACGAUCGCGUCGCCAUCUUGGAAGCCCAGCUGUCUCAAGCGAAACUCAUCGCCGAGGAAUCGGAUAAGAAAUACGAAGAGGUGGCGCGUAAGCUGGUCCUCAUGGAGCAGGAUCUCGAGAGGGCAGAGGAACGCGCUGAGCAGAGCGACUGCAAAAUCGUGGAGCUUGAGGAAGAACUCCGUGUUGUUGGUAACAACCUGAAAUCCCUGGAAGUCUCCGAGGAGAAGGCGACGCAAAGAGAAGAAACGUACGAAGGUCAAGUUAAAAUCCUCAGUGCACAGCUGAAAGAGGCUGAAGCGCGCGCCGAAUUUGCCGAGCGCUCCGUUCAGAAACUCCAAAAGGAGGUCGACAGGCUUGAAGACGACCUGGUGGCCGAGCGCGAAAAGAGCAAACUCCUGCAAGAGGAGAUGGAGGCCACGCUCCACGACAUCCAGAACAUGUGAACACCGACCCCCCACCUCCCCGCCACGUCCCCCGCUCGAAUCAUCGACCCCCAAACUUACGAACUUUACUCUCCAUCUUUUUUUAUAGUACAAGGUAACUGCGAACUAGCUGCCCAUAAAAUUCUGCACGAAGUUAAAAUGUUGCAGACAGUGUUGCCAGACAAUGUUUUCAAUUCUUAAUUCCUUAAUCUAUAAAUUGGUGGUGAUUCGAGCGAGCGACUAGAUGUUUCUAGGUUUAGAGUAAUUGCCAGCCGCUUUUUUUUUAUUUUUUAUUGUCAAGGAGUGAUUGCUACGACUACACUGCCAUGUGCAAUUUUUCGUUUGGAACGCAGAUAAUAUUUAUAUAGCAUUUAGAAAGUCAUUUUGCUAAUUUUAUCUGUAUUUUGAUGGAAUUCAUUUCGACGGUUGAAGGCAAUUUGCUUUUCCACAACAUUCCAAUAAGUGGACCAAUAUGCGAUUUAUAUUAUUUUUUACUUAUUUAUAUUAUAUGGUAUGUUAAGAAAACUGCGGCUCAGUAUUCGUAUAUUCAAUUUAUGUCGUGUCCCCAUUUAAAUUUUUUGACAUUUAUAAAAUUAAUUAUCACUAAUAGAAAUGCACUGUUUGCUAUUUACUAUGAAUUCUUUUAUUUACUAUGAUAUAAGAGAUUAAAUAUUUUUAUUUAAAUGAGUGUCGGUAACGCGUAUUUCUAUUUUUGUAAGAUAUGGUACGAACUUCUUUGAUAUUCUGCUUCCGAGUAUGAUUCUUUACUUGUGUCAUAAUUUGAGUUCUUUUCUUAUUUAUUUAAUUUAAAUGCUAGGUAAUAUAAUCUAGUACUUCAUGUAAGAGUGCUGUACAAGUACAGUUUUAUAGCGCUGGCAAUAAUUCUCCCUAAAGUCCUAAGACUAGGGUUGUAGCUAUGAUAAAUAAAAAUCGAUAUUUAUUCCGAUGUUACAAAAUUUUACCUGAUAUCGAAUAAGAUUAUUCGAUGAUGGCAACAUUAGUGAAUUACAAACAGCGUAUGGCAAUAAUUAAUCUAUAAAAUAACUUCCUAUUACCGUCUCAUAUAAUUUAGCAUGCAUAAAAAGUAUUUUUUAAAUAAAAAAAUAUUGCUUUUAUAAAAUUAAAUCAACUUAAAAAAAAUCACGAAGUCAACAGAAUUAAAUGACAUCGGAAAUAAAUAUCGAUAUUUUCAUAAGUCCAACAUCCCUAAUUGUGACUGCAUAGAAUUCGAUAGAACGGACAAAUCCGUGUGCUAUGUCUUACACAUUUAUUAUGAAACGAAAAAAAAAAUCGAUCAAUCGAGAUGAAUCCGUCUUAAGAUGUUAUACACCUAGAUAAGUUCGUGAAGAAAAAUAAAUUAAUGAUUUUAAGAAUAUUCUAACACAAGUGUUUAUAAAUAUAUAAUAUUAUUAUUUUU